AUGAACCAGACAUGUCACGAUAUCAGCGGUUCUUAUCUUCUACCACAUAGUAUCAUCAAUAACCUUACAGAUCACGACAUCGAGACUAUCGCAAGAUUCAAUGCCACAAGCCCGGAUCGAUCCUAUGUUUAUGGAGCCCUGAUGCUUCCAUCGCAGCCAUACUAUGAUAUAUGGGUCAGAACGCUGGAAGCACACGAUUACAUAUGGGACUACCACAACUAUUACGGCUGGGCCAUGGGGAUAUUCUGGGCUUUGGUCAUCGGAGUGGGCAUCGCGGACCGGGCUCUAGGCCGAUCCUUCUUCUACCAAGGUCGAAAGACGUCGUGGGUAAGGCGUAACAUUCUUCUACCCGCAACUAUUGGCAGACGCUGUGUACAAGACUAUGGGGGCUGGGGCACUUUGCCUCCGAGGAUACAGACAUUCAUUCUCAUUCUUUUCGUGGUCCUCAACAUAGCAUGUACUAUUCACGGAUACGAGAUAUUUGAAGGUUAUGGCUACUACCCUUCCAUCUGGACACAAGUGCUGCGACACGUAUUUGAUCGAACUGGGAUACUCUCCUUUGCCAACUUUCCCUUGAUAUGGCUGUUCGGUAUGAGGAAUAACAUCAUCAUCUGGUUAACAGGCUGGGACUUCAAGACUUAUAACAACUUCCAUCGAUGGGUUGGUCGAAUCGCCACGUUACAGGCCAUCAUCCAUUCAAUCGGAUAUACAAUUAUCAUUCUGCAACGUGGUGGCUGGAAGUACUUCUGUCAAAUAUGGACAUUUACCUUUUGGUGGACUGGGGAGCUUGCCACAAUAUUCAUUUGUCUACUGGUGGGACUAUCAAUGUUUUGGGUACGGCGUGAAAAUUACGAGUUCUUUCUCAUUACGCAUAUUGUACUAUCAUUUUGGGUCCUCGUCACUAUGCUCGGGCACGUGUCGAUAUUUAGUGGUGCCUACGAUCCUCUUGUGUGGGUUCCAGCACUCAUUUGGCUUCUUGAUCGGGUCAUUCGCGGAUUGCGCAUCAUGGCCUUUAACCCCAAGUUCUGGGACACCAAGGCUCUCAUCACUUACAACGAAGACGCACACAUGAUCCGCAUGACAGUCCCAAAUUCUUCAAGUCUCUACAGCAUUCAGCCAGGGACAUUCUACUAUAUCAUGGUGCUCAAUCAACGGAACUUUUGGGAAAGCCAUCCCUUCACCGUAGCAACAAUAUCGGGACCCGAUCAAUGCGAUACAGAUACCUUUGAAGAAGAUGCACCGUUGCUGAACCAUGGAUCUUUUGAUGAACAGAGACCUGUAUCCAAGAAGUCCCAACGAGAAAUGACCUUCUUGAUUCGGCCAUAUGAUAGCUUCACUUCGCGACUAAGGGAGUAUGCCGAAGAAGAACGACCGAAACCGGCGACGGCACGUGUGGCUAUUGACGGUCCAUACGGCAAGACUCUACCUCUUCAACGUUUCCAAAAAGUAUUAUUCAUCGUCGGUGGGAGCGGAAUAGCGGUCCCGUUAUCAUAUCUUCACAAACUCACAAGACUCUCGAGCAAGCCGUCAAGGAUCGAAGUCCACUGGGCUGUGCGACAAUCAGCCUUCGCCGUUGAUGUUCUGAACAAUGACUUGAGUAAUGUGCUUGGUAACGAUCGGGUAGAAAUCAACAUCUAUCUGACAGCCGGCGAUGUUGAUGGCAGAAUAGCAUGCGAUGAAACCAUGUACCGACUCGCGAAAUGGAAGUCCAAACGAUUGAACGUUGAAGGGAUCAUUGACGGAGCAUUAGAGGGUGACUAUGAAGGAAGCAUCGCAGUAGUCACUAGCGGUCCUGCCAAGAUGGCCGAUGAGAGCAGAUGCGUGGUGGCGGCAAGGACAGUGCCAUCGUUGCCGCCUAUUGAGUACUUUGAGGAAAGCUUCCAGUGGUGA